GUCUCAGCUCUGUACGGUUGGGAAGAGUGGGAUCUCGGUUCACAGACGAGACAAGCAGAGGCUGGAGUUGAGUAGUUUGUCAAAGGUUGUAGUGGACCUGGGCUUUGAACCCUCUUUUAAUCACUUAGCUCUAGAAACUGUGCCCUUAGUCACUAUUGUACUGUAUCUGGAAACAAAAGGAAAAGUGCUGGGAAGAGUUAACAGGGGCUGUCUGUGCACUCUGACCACACCCACGGAGAUCCCUGUGGGAGGAAACGGCCCUUGUUUUUGCUCCCUCAGUUCACACUAUCAGCAGGGCUGUUGAAGCACACUUCCUUCUCUUCUUUUCCCUAUCUCUUCCUCCUUAAAAUUUUUGUUAUAAAGUAUCAUCCAGAAAGGGGGUGAGUUGGGGAGUGGGGAUCUGUUAACGUAAAUUCUGCGCGUCUCUGUCACUCACAUCAGCCUGAUUGGCAUAGGUGGGCGGGCGUGUCUGCAGCAGCUCCUCUAGCUGCACCAUCCAUCACGCACAGCACUGUGCUCAUGGGACUACGGCCUCUGAUCCCUGUCACUUGGUUGCUUCUCUCCUGUGAAGAGGACAGAGAACGUACAGCCAGUCCUGGCUGGGCACUUGGCAGAGAUUUCCACUUGGCAGAUUAACCAAAGGCAAGAGAGGCUAAUCUGUCUACGUUCUGAGUGCCACUCUCCACGAGACCCCCAUAACAGACCCCAGGCCCAAGUCCACUGUGCUACCAGACCCCCACCCCACCCCAGGCAUUGCUCUGGGGUCUGCCUGAGGCCAGCAGUGUGAAGAUGACCAGCACCUUCCUAGCAUGACGACCUUGGACCAUGUGAUCGCUACCCACCAGUCGGAGUGGGUCUCUUUCAAUGAGGAGCCGCUCUUUCCUGUCCCUUCUGAGGGGGGCACUGAAGAGCACCUCCCAGGACCAUCGUCUUCCUCAGACCAGUCCGAGAUCUCUUCUGGGGAGAACCGUGUGGUGGAUGGAGGCUCUCAGGACCUUUCCCCCUCAGAGCACGAUGACUCUUCUGAAAAGAUGGGCCUCAUCUCUGAAGCGGCCUCCCCUCCCCUGAGCCCUGAGCAGCCUCAACCUGACCUGGCUUCAGCCAUCAGCAGCUGGGUUCAGUUUGAAGAUGACACACCCUGGGCCAGCACAUUACCACCUCAUAAAGAAGCAGGUGGGACAGCCGUAUCGUUGACCAUGCCCUGCUGGACGUGCCCUUCCUUCAACUCCCUGAGGAGAUGCCCUCUGCCUUCCGAGAGCAGCUGGACCACACAUUCUGAAGACACCAGUAGUCCUAGUUUUGGCCCUUCGUACACAGGCCUGCAGCUCAUCAGUGCUGAGGAGCAGAGUGGCCUGGCUUCCAGGGCCGACUCGACUGACAAUUCUUCCUCUCUUCAGGAAGAUGAAGAGGUAGAGAUGGAGGCCAUCAACUGGCAGGCCAGCAGUCCAGCUAUGAACGGACACCCCGCCACUCUAGUGACCUCUGCUCGUUUCCCUAGCUGGGUCACUUUUGAUGACAAUGAAGUCAGCAGCCCUUUGCCACCAAUCACCUCUCCUCUGAAGCCGAAAACACCACCUCUUGCAUCUGUGAUCCCAGAUGUACCUUGUAACUCAACUGGGUCAUUUAAGAAGAGGGAACGUCCCAAGAGCACUUUGAUGAACUUCUCCAAAGUUCAGAAGCUGGACAUUUCCUCCUUAAACCAUCCGCCUUCCGUGCCUGAGGCUCCUCUUUGGAGGGCAACCAAUCCUUUUCUGAAUGAGACUCUACAGGAUGUACAACCCUCCCCUAUAAACCCUUUCCGCACUUUCUUUGAGGAGCAGGAGAGGCGCUCCCAAGACAAUUCCAUGUCUGGUACCACAGGCAAAAGCCAAAGAGAUUCUCUCAUUGUCAUCUACAAGGAUGCCAUCAGUUUUGAUGAUUCAAGCAAAAACCAGUCACACUGUGAUGCUGUUGAAAAACUCAAACGACUCCAACUUGAGGAUCCCGAUCACUUAGGGAGUACAACACUCCCUGAUGAUGACCCAAUAGCCUGGACUGAACUAGAUGACCACCCACCAGGUUCCGCACUGUCCCAGCCCAAGGAUGGUUGGCCCAUGAUGCUUAGGAUCCCUGAGAAGAAAAACAUCAUGUCCUCUAGGCACUGGGGACCCAUCUACAUCAAACUGACAGACAGUGGGUAUCUGCAGCUGUAUUAUGAGAAGGGCUUAGAAAAGCCAUUCCGUGAGUUCAAGCUGGAGAUCUGCCAUGAGAUUUCAGAGCCCCGGCUCCAAAACUAUGAUGAGAACGGCAGGAUCCACAGCUUGCGGAUAGACCGCGUCACCUACAAGGAGAAGAAGAAAUACCAGCCUAAACCUGCCGUGGCCCACGUGGCCGAGAGGGAACAAGUGAUUAAGCUGGGCACCACCAAUUACGAUGACUUCCUGAGCUUCAUCCGUGCAGUUCAGGACCGUCUCAUGGACCUGCCGGUGUUGUCAAUGGACUUGUGCACAGUUGGUUUGAACUACCUUGAAGAGGAGAUUGCAGUGGAUGUCCGAGAUGAAUUCUCUGGCCUUGUGAGCAAAGGAGACAACCAGAUUCUCCAGCACCGUGUCUUGACACGGGUCCACAUCCUGAGUUUCCUCUCUGGCCUUGCCGAGUGCCGCUUGGGUCUCAAUGACGUCCUUGUCAAAGGCAACGAAAUCGUUUCCCGGCAAGACAUCAUGCCCACCACCACCACAAAGUGGAUCAAGCUCCACGAGUGCCAUUUUCACAGGUGUGUGGAUGAGGAUGUAUUCAACAGCUCACGGGUUAUUCUGUUCAACCCUUUGGACGCCUGCCGACUUGAGCUAAUGAGGUUCAGGACAGUAUUUGCCGAGAAGACCUUGCCAUUCACACUCAGGACUGUGGCAAGCAUCAGUGGGGCAGAGGUGGAGGUGCAGAGCUGGCUGAGGAUGUCAUCUGGCUUCUCCUCUAACUGUGAUCCUCUCACUCAGGUUCCCUGUGAGAAUGUGAUGGUUCGCUACCCUGUGCCCAGUGAGUGGGUGAAAAACUUCCGCAGGGAAAGUGUCCUGGGGGAAAAGUCUCUGAAAGCCAAAGUGAACCGGGGGGCAAGUUUUGGCUCAACUAGCUUGUCUGGCUCUGAGCCUGUCAUGAGAGUAACUCUGGGAACUGCGAAGUAUGAGCAUGCCUUCAACUCCAUUGUGUGGAGGAUAAACCGACUGCCUGACAAAAACUCAGCUUCUGGUCACCCACACUGUUUCUUCUGCCAUCUUGAACUUGGCUCUGACCGGGAAGUGCCUUCCAGAUUUGCCAAUCACAUUAACGUCGAGUUCAGCAUGCCUACAACUUCUGCCUCCAAAGCUGCCGUAAGAUCCAUCUCUGUGGAAGACAAGACCGACGUCAGGAAGUGGGUCAAUUAUUCUGCACACUACAGCUACAAGGUAGCCUCAGGAGGCAUCUGGCUCAUGUUUCCAAGUCUGUCUGUGCACCCCCAUGCCCUCCCCCUUCUCAUUCCUUUUAGCAGUGCCUGCCCAGGGUGCAGGGUAUUCUCCUACCACCUUGCAGGCGGUUUACCAUGCAUAGCUGUGGUUGAGUCUGCUCUGAGUUAAAUGAAUAAUCUCUCUAGCAGGCAAGAGAAAGGUUGGAAAGAGAAGUACAGGCUGAUGAAGGAGGAGUAUAUAAUGUCUUUCAGUCAUCAUGAACAACAACAGAGUAAUGGGGUAAUGGGAUUAUUAUUACUCAUUUGUCAUAUAAUUUAUGUGCAGGGGAGUGAGUUUGGAAGUGGAGAGAGGGUCAGGAAAAUGCUAACCCAAAGCAUAUAUUUCAGCUACAGGUGUUGAUGAAGUGGAUCUGAAUGAAGUUUACAUAGUGAAGUAUGACACAAUGUAUGACAGUAUGUCAUAGUGAAGUAUGACAUAUACCAAGUCAUACAACCUGGUCACUGGGCCAUAACUGGACAAACUCAAAAGCCAGGCAAGCUUCUAUAAUAGUAACAGGAUCAGGGCUGUGAAGGAGGAAAUGAAGUUGGAGAUUUCCGACACAAACAGUGAUUGUAUCCUGAGUAGUUAGAAAUUCAAUAGGAGAUUAUAUGCCAAAGACGGAAAACGGGGUUACUGAAGAAGGAUUUGGCAAAGUGGUUUAAUAAUUUCCUAUUCGUAAUAACAUCCUUAGAUUUAUAUGAUCAUUUAAUUGUUCUUUAAAUAUUUCCUUACUUGUGUGAUUUAAAACAUUAAACUACCAAAAAGAACAAAUACUCCAUCUUGUGGUCAGGAAAAAACCCAGCACUUUCCUCAAACAUGACCCUAGUCAACUGUUCUGUCUUGAAUUGUUUCCCUCAUCAUAAAUAUCCAAGUGGUAUUGAGAAGAGCGGCUUUAAUUAUGAAACUCCUUCAGCUCAAAGGAUUCCCUGCCUGAUUUAUCAAAGGCUUCAGAUGAGGUAUAUCACUCUCAAGGCAAGAUUAAUUUAUUAAUCUCUUUACAGUUAUAGCUACAGUAUUUUCCAAAAGAUAUAGGCAGAACCGUAAACACUACAAUACUUAUCCAUUUGGAGACUUUUUAAAGGGAUAAAAUAACAGAGAGUGUAAAGAGCCAGCUGCAAAGGAAUUCAUUCAUUUGAUAAACCUUUGUGAUUGCCUGCUGUAUGCCCAUAUUAUAGGGGUACAAUAGUGAACAAGGGCCUGCCCUGUCCUACGAAGUCUGUGGUGUAGCGGGUACAGGGUGUAGUGGGAAUAUACACAGAGGAGCACCUGACUCUACCUGGUGAGUCAAGAAUAGCUUCACAGAAGAGGUGACCUUUGAGUAGCUGUGUAAGGCAAAGAAUAAGAAUUUUCCAGGUGGACUGAGAGGGAGAGGAAAUCCAGACCAAGCAAAGGGCAUGUGCAAAGACAGAGCCAUAAUAUACACAUGGCCAGUAGCUUGGUGUGACUAAAGCCCAGAACAUUAACCAAAUUACAAGGACUCUCAAAGAACCUAGUGAGCUUUUCUCUUUUGGUUUAUUUAUUUGUUGGGAUGUUUUCCUGAUAUUUCUUCCGAUAUUUCUCUCCAACUUCUAUUCUUGACAGGUGGAAAUUGAGCAAAAAAAGAGUUUGAAGCCAGACUUUGAAAGAGAUGAAAUGGAAAAUCCCAAGGAGUGUGGGGUCCAGUGAUGAAGCCCUACUGCAGGGGGCCCUGACCUAAGCAUCACGACAGGAUGUCUUCCUGAAUAGCUGAAGUUCAAGGCACUGCCUACCAUGGCUACUCCACGUUGGGAACAGUGUAUUGGACCUCCCUGUUUGUAGUUACCUGUAUUCUAACAGGAAGCCCUAAGGUGCUUGCUUUGGAGAGGCUCUGAUCAUGCCUGAAGCACCUGCAUCACCUGACUUUUUGGAGCUUACUGUAUAAUUAAGCCUCCUCUCCACUCUGCUUAUCUCACAGCACUUGGGUAUGGUUUGUGACUGAUAAAGUCAGGAAAAGAAACUCCCAACAUCACUGUUGGCGUGAUUUCCUUCCGAUGUUCAUCUGUCACUUACAUCAGUUUCUGGAAAACAAUCUUGAGAAGUUAAUUAACUAAGACUCCAUCCCUGUCACUCCCCUUAGAAAAAGUUGAGAAAAGGUACAAAACCGGUUUCCUCUUUGGGUCUGCUAGACCUUUCAUAGGUGUCUCCAUUCUUCAAAUGUUAACACUGUGCAACAGAAGUUUUUGAGAUGCUUCCCUCCUGGUUCUAGAUAGUGUUGACUGAAACACUUUUUCCAUCUUUCUAAGGCAUCAGUCCCAGGGUUCAUCACCCUGAGUCACAGUAGACAAUGGAAAAAAGGCACAAGAGGACACUUCUAAAUUCUGUGAGUAGCCCCACAUUCUGCAAAGAGUGGCUAUUGAUGGGAAAGCAAAAUUGAGCUUACUUUUCUUCAUU